UGCACGCGCUCUGAAACUACAGCGCCGCGCUGGAAAAUCCAGGCCCCGAAAAUAAUAAAAUAGUUUUACAAAAGAUCUGAGAGAAAAGGAACAACAACCGAAUCGCGAAAGUUUUAAAGGGCUGUGAUCAUGCAGAACUGCCACUCAAAUUCAACCGCUUCUCUGGCUGGAUGAGACCGGGAGAAGAACCACACAACUUACCCAAGAAUUACCCUCCGGAGAGACACACACACAUUCACACGCACAUACAACUCACACAAGCUCAGGUACGCUCAUACACAUCCAGUCCGAGCUUUAACGGCUGAGUGUGUGACUCCUCUCCUUUCAUCGCCCAGGCCCUAUUGGGUUGCUAUGGCAGCUGCUGCUGCAGAACCCCCCCAUCUGAUAGAAGCUUGCACUGGAAAGGGAGACAGGCGGACAGACCCUCGCCUGGAGAGAAUACGAAACACUCCACUAGCAGCAUUCAGCAGCACUCAACACCCCACUCUCCAUUAAGGGUGCAGCCAAGGUUAUCAAGUUUGAAGGUCCUCUCUUAAAAUACCCCAUGAGUGUUGUGUCCAUCUGCUCAGGCUUAUGGCCCUUCGCUCUCUGCAGAAGACCCAGCGCCUUUCCGUCUGCUAGAGGAUGUUCCAACAGAAGGAGCACCUGAAGAGCCACCUGCAGGCCCACGACGCCAACAGGCAGGUGUUCCACUGCCAGGAGUGUGGCAAACAGUACAGCACUCAGCUGGGCUACCGGCGCCACCUUCUGGCCACCCACACCCCUGCCUCCCUCUCUGGUGAGCUCCAUUGCCAGGAGGGGGAGCCCACCCUGCUGGAGCAGCUAGGAAGCCACAACGACAGGCCUCAGCCACUGGGGGGUGCCACCGGCGCCAUCAGGGAGAGGAAAUAUUCGUGCGAGCGCUGCGACCGACGCUUCUACACCCGCAAGGAUGUGCGGCGCCACGCUGUGGUGCACACGGGCCGCCGCGACUUCCUGUGCCCGCGCUGUGCCCAGCGCUUUGGCCGCAGGGACCAUCUGACGCGCCACCUGAAGAAGAGCCACGUCCAGGAGGCCACACCCACCACCCCCACAGCCACACCUGCCCCCACCACACCUGGCCCCGUAAAGGAGGAGCAGAGUCCGGUGUCAUGUGACAUGGGGUCCUCCUCAAAGGAGCCCAUAGAGACCUUCCCCAUGGACAUGUACAGCAGCUAUCCCCUGCAGACCAUGUCCAAUCCAGGCAUGGGCCACCACCAACACUCCCUCAUGCAGAGUUCCCUGUCCACGGCCAUGGGGGUGGGUCGUCACAUGCCGGGCCCCACUCCCCAUCCCCACCACCACCUCCCCCAGCCCCAGCACCAACAGCAGCCUUAUGGCCACAUGCCCAGGUACCAGCAUGGAUCUACCUCAUACCCCCGCCCUGACAUGGAGAGCUUUCUCAUGGACCUGCAGAGUGGGCUGCCCCCACACCUGACCGCAGCCUCCUCCUCUACCUCCUCCUCCCCUCAGAGGGAGGUGCUCUCGGAAGGCCAGGGUGGGCCUGGGGCUGGGGACCCCCACAUUCUGUCCAGGAGCCCCGCUCUCUCCUCGGCCGAGCUGUCAUGCGCUGGUAACAUGGACCUGGGUCCUCUUCUGGGCUUCCUGCCGUUCGGCCUGCCUCCCUACAGUGCUCAUAUGAGUAUGGGAGGUCUUGUGAUGGGCUACCCCUCUACCUCCACCUCCACUGUGCCGCCCUCCUCCUCCAGUCCCCUGCCUUCUCACACCCCAGGAGGCCUCACCUUCCUGCAGCCUCCACAACCACACGCACCCCAGGGUCCCGGAGCCCACAACCACAACAACAACCAGCUACCUCAGGGGUUCAGCAACCCUGGAAUGAGCACUUCCACCUCCCUACCUCGCUACUACCAGGCCUUUCAACAGUGAGCAGCCUGAUACCAUGUGACCCAUGUGACCUAACACCAGGCCAAAGGACACUUCAAAUAAUCAUGAAUAAAGCCUCCGAUACAUUAUGAGUGUUUAGAACAGGGAUGGGCAAGUGACAUUUUGUUGUCCCCCUCUUGACAGCGGAGAGGAAAGAAAUGAAGUUUUAGAGUUAAUUUCCUGCAAUUCUAGACAUUUUACCAUGGGGCAGAGAGAGAUAUGUGCAGUUUUUAAUAUAUCUGAGUGAGAUUGACUAAUAAAAUCAAUGGGGGCCCCCCGGUCGGUAAUUCGGCCAUGAUUACUACAGGUUUAGAUAGCUGGCUAGACUAACU